UUGUAACUAAAUAGAACUCUCACCAAACGGAACAAACUUUUGAACUCGUAAACAUUCCCUAUUGCUUCACAAUUCACAUAAUCCCACCAUAAAUGCACGUGACCAUCAUGCCCUCCAAGUCCAACCCUUUAAGGUAAAAUGCAGCCCAACAAUUCCAGCAACCAAGGAAUUCCAUUCCGGUCAAUUCUGAUCCACUCCCUUUGGCUCACUAUCGUUGGCAUUGUCCUCUUCCUCCUUGCCACCGCCAACACACAAGCACUUAUCUACGUCAAAGUUUUUGGUAUAUCCGGUGCAAUUAUCGCCACGGCUCCUUGGAUUACACAGCUUAUUGUUUCAAUGGCAAUUAUCAUUUUAUACAAAGUUGGAGUUUGUGAUCUAACAUGGCUAGUGAAAUCUGAGGUCUCAGGCUGUGGGAGUCGGAGAGAGGUUGAUGAAGAUUUUGAUCAAGGUGCAGCUUUGCAUAGGUUUGUUAUUGCUCGUGGAAAAGUUAAUGUGCGUGGAGAAUAUAAUCUUAGAGACAGAUUUGGCAUGUUUGUGCGAGUUAAUGAAAGAAACGGUCCUCAACUGCGGAGGAACAUGACGGUUUGAUCCUAGGCUUUGCUUAAUAAUAACAGAGUUUGUUUUGCACAUUUUUAGUAUUUUACCAUUGCCAGAUACCUCCUCUGCUCUGGUUGUCUUUGUUUGUAAGCCUUUUUCUUGCUCCAUUUUGUUUCCCCCAAUUAAUGUGAAAUUAUUUAGUGUACAAUA